AUGUCACCCACUUCUAUAUGCGCAACCAGUCUCUCACGAAUUGUCGCCUUCCACUUGUCUCACGGUCUCCGUCCCCAUCUCCCCCUCCGCCGCUCCCGCCGCGCCGCCGGCGACGUCCCCGUCGACAGAUCUUCACAGGCGUCCUCCAUCAUGUACCGAGCCGCCUCCGGCCUCGGCGCCCUCAAGCAGCAUGGGGCGGAUACCCAACUGUUGAAUAUCGCGGUUAGGUCUGCUAGCACAAGUAUUGCACAGAGGUCAUCGGGCGGCUUCUUGGGCUGGCUGACAGGUGCACGUUCAAAUGCACUACCCCCUCCAGAUUUCGCACUCCCAGGAGUCACUAUUCCUCCUCCACUGGCUGAUCAUGUGGAGCCUGGCAAGACAAAAAUCACAACACUUUCAAAUGGUGUAAAAAUUGCCUCUGAAACAUCUCCAGGAUCAGCAUGUUCUGUUGGAGUUUAUGUUAACUGUGGGUCUGUAUAUGAAACACCUGAGACACUGGGUGCCACUCAGUUAUUAAAGAAGUUGGCCUUCACAACCACUAGAAACAGGAGCCAGUUGCGUGUUGUUCGUGAAAUUGGUGCAAUAGGUGGCAGUGCGAAAGCAUCAGCCAACCGUGAGCUCAUGAGCUACAGCUAUGGAGCCCUUAAGACUUACAUGCCUGAAAUGGUGGAAGUGCUAGUUGAUUGUGUGAGAAAUCCUGCUUUACUUGAUUGGGAAGUCAAGGAAGAGAUAAUGAAACUAAAGGCAGAGCUUGCAGAAGCUUCAAGUAAUCCGGAAGCUUUCCUUUUGGAUGCUCUUCAUUCCAGUGGCUAUUCUGGUGCCUUGGCAAACCCAUUGAUUGCCUCAGAGGCUUCAGUUAGCAGAUUAAAUACAGAUGUUCUGGAAGAAUUUCUUGCUUUGAACUACACUUCCCCGCGAAUUGUUCUAGCUGCGUCUGGUGUGGACCAUGAUGAACUUGUAUCAAUUGCUGAACCACUCCUGUCUGACAUUCCCACUGCAACUGGAACAGGAAAGCCAAAAUCUGUCUAUGUUGGUGGAGAAUAUAGACGGGCAGCAGAUUCAUCGAACACAGAUCUUGCUUUGGCAUUUGAGCUCCCAGGUGGAUGGCUGAAAGAAAAAGAAUUUGCUACUGCAUCUGUUCUUCAGGCACUUCUGGGUGGUGGUGGCGUGUUUACCUGGGGAAGACCUGGAAAAGGCUUGCAUUCACGCCUAAAUCCCCUCGUAAAUGAAUUUGACCAAAUCAAAUCGAUCUCCGCUUUCAAAAAUGUUCACAGUAACACUGGCAUUUUUGGAAUUCAUGCAUCGACUGAAGCAGCAUUUGUUCCUAAAGUUAUUGACUUGGCAGCCAGAGAACUCACUUCCCUUGCUACUCCUGGUCAAGUUGACCAAACCCAACUGGACCGUGCUAAAGCAUCUGCAAAAUCAGUUAUCUUGAAGAACCUGGAAUCAAAGGCAUCAACAACUGAAGACAUGGGGCGCCAAGCAUUGGCAUUUGGUGAAAGGAAACCCGUGGAGCAGCUUCUUAAGGCUGUUGAUGGUAUAACACUGGCAGAUGUAUCAAGUGUUGCUGAGAAGAUCAUCUCGUCACCAUUGACAAUGGCAUCUCAUGGAAACGUUAUCAAUGUACCAGCCUACGAGACAGUGCGUGGCAAGUUCAGCUCGAAAUGA